AUGGCUUCUUCCCAAAUUGAGAUUGCUUCGUCUUCACCGUUUGGUUGUGUUCUAAGAGAUCACAAUCGGCGUGAACGAUAUAAUAGAGAGAGCAAUGCCAGGGCAACAGCUGCUGCUUUUCAAAAGAAUCUCAAAGGAUUGGCUCGAGAAAUGGUGUCAACAAUUGAGAGGCAGAGUGAGAAGGCAGGGUUGUUGAUGACAUCUUUGAGGAAAUCAUCUCCUGUGCAACAGAAAUAUCAAGACUCUGAGAAUUCUACAUGUCAAUCCGAAAAUUCCUCCGUAAAUAAGAAUCGUGGGGCCUCUUCUCUUGUUCAGAUAUGGGAGGCAAGGCUACAUCAAUCGGAGGCGUGCCUGACUAGGUCCCAUAGCCUGAACAAUAGCGGGAGAAGUUCUGUAUGUAGCCAGACUGAAACUGCAUCAUCCAGUGCUGAAGAGAGAUCAAAACAAUCUGAUAUAUCCGACUCUACUAUAAAAGAGGACACUUUUGUGGAUUGCGGCUUGGUAAAGAGUGCACCUACAUCCAUACGUUUCAGGAAUACAGAUGCAGGAGAGCCCGAGAAAGUUAAAAUUGUUGACAUCAUUAGGCGACUGACAUCCGAUGCCAAUGAUCAUGAUCAGCAGUCGAACAGUGCCGGUGAUUGCCUAUCCAGAGAGCGUAGGAAUUCUUCAGGUUCUGAUCCGACGGAGCAGAAAGUCUUGUCACAGGUUGUAAAUUCACCAAAGAUAAGAGGGCGACAAGCCUUUAAUGAUUUACUUUUGCAAAUGGAGCAAGAAAGGCAUAGAGAGCUUGGCUCGUUAGGCGAACGCAAGGCUGUUUCAAGAUUUCCUCAACGUGGCCGCAUUCAGUCCUUGCUUCGUCUGAGAUUCCUGCACCGUGGAAUGGCGUUUGAAGAUCAACAGCGACCACGAUCAUCUCAAUCAGCAACAUCGUCCAGUAGUGACCGAUCACAACACGGUUCUACCAUCAUGCAUCUCAGGGAGAGAUUUAGUGCAGGCAUGGAGCAAGCCACAACUCAGAGUGACUCAGCUACACCAAGAAGCACUACAGAGAUGGUCAAUAGCAGUGUAGAUACCUAUACUUCCAUACAAAAUGAGCUGACUGCUGAUAGUCAUCAGCAACAAACGUCAACCGGUACUGAGCAGGAGAGUGAACCCCAAGUUGAGAACUCAGCAUCAGACACACGUGAAGUCCAAGAAAAAGUUCAUGGAGAAACUUGUGCAGGAUCGGGAGUCACAUGGCAAGAAACAACCCUGCAGGUUGAAAAUUUUGAUUCACCAGAAAGUUCUGAAACAACACUACCAUUGAAUGACUGGGAUGAAAAUGAGAUGGAAGAGGAGGAAGAGUAUUUUGAACAAACCAAUUAUGACUGGUUCAGUGAUAUAGCUCGCCCACGUAGUUAUUGGGAAGAUCAAAGAAAAGCGCGGUAUGAAGAGAAGCUUAAUGCUAGCUCAGACAAUGAUGAGAUAAGGCAACUCCUUGAAAGAAGAACAGUAUCAAGUUUUCUUACUAGUGACCUGCGAGACAGAAUAGACCAACUGAUGGUGUCUCGCGCACAAAGGCAAGUCAGUCAAGAAGAAGAAGAGCUAGAUAAGGACAGUCAGGAGAGAAUGGGACAGCUGAUGUUGUCCUACUUCCAAAGGCACUCUCACCCAUUUGGCAGUCAAGAAGAAGAACGAGAACAGGAACAAGAAUUGGACGGAGGAAGUGGAUUAGGAGAGACAGUAGAAGAAGAAUGCAUAUCAGAAGAAGAAGGAAGCACAACUAGCCAUCAAUAUAUGGAAGCUACUGAUUAUUUUGAUCAAUCCUCACCAUCUCAGCAUUCUCCAUAUCCGUUCAGGUCAUGGAAUUAUAAUGAUGACCAAGAAGUUGUCGAUGGUUGUGAACAGGCUCAAACUACACCUUUGCACCUACCUCCUCCAUCUCAAUCUUCCAAUCAAGAUAGGCGCUUCUCUUCCUCUACAAGUCAUUCAUCAAUUGUGAGCUUUUUCACCAUACAGUUUGAAGUGAACUUUUCGCAGGUUCUUAAGUAA